AGCAACGCACUGGGAGCUGGAGAGGAAAGAGACACAAGAACCCGGUAGAUUUCUUAUUAAAAACUCCAAAAACCUUUAGGUCUUUCGCACAGAAAGUUUGUUCGUUUGACAACUGCGUAGUUUUUAAAUUCGUUUCUUUUAUUAUUAUUAUUUUUUUUUUUAAAGUACGAGUUUUAUUCCUUGUUUUAGAUUUUGGGUAAACUUUUCGUGCGCUUGCUUUCUACUUUUGUAGAACUUUUUUUUAACACCUAAUAGACGCUUGAUAAAAAAAAGCUGCUUGAAUGUAUAACAUGAUGGAAACCGAGCUUAAAAGCCCCCUGCCCCCGCAGACCAACGCGGGCUCGGGACCGGGCGGGAAAAACAGCGGCGCGAACGACCAAGACCGAGUUAAGCGACCGAUGAACGCGUUCAUGGUGUGGUCGCGCGGCCAGCGCAGGAAGAUGGCUCAGGAGAACCCCAAGAUGCACAACUCCGAGAUCAGCAAGCGCCUGGGUGCAGACUGGAAGCUGCUCACUGACGCUGAAAAAAGGCCGUUUAUCGACGAGGCGAAGCGCCUGCGUGCCAUGCACAUGAAGGAGCACCCGGAUUACAAAUACCGGCCGCGUCGCAAGACCAAGACUCUGCUGAAGAAAGACAAGUACUCUCUGCCCGGCGGCCUCUUGGCUCCCGGCGCAGGCGCAGUGAACAGCGCGAUGUCCGUGGGCCACCAGCGCAUGGACGGCUACGCGCACGUGGCCAACGGCUGGACGAACGGCGCGUACUCGCUGGUCCAGGAGCAGCUGGCCUACCCGCAGCAUCAUGGCAUGAGCAGCCCGCCGCCUCUGCAACAGAUGCACCGCUACGACAUGACGGCGGGUCUGCAGUACCCGAUGAUGUCCACAGCGCAGACGUACAUGAGCGCCGCGUCCACGUACAGCGGCGUGUCGUACGCGCAGCAGAGCCCGGGAGCCGUGGGCCUCGGCUCCGUGUGUAAGACAGAGCCCAGCUCGCCGCCGCCUGCAAUCGCCUCGCACUCGCAGCGCGCCUGCCUCGGAGACCUGAGGGACAUGAUCAGCAUGUACCUGCCGCCCGGGGGAGACAGUGCCGAUCACAGCACACUGCAGAGCAGCCGCUUACACAGCGUACAUCCACACUACCAGAGCGCGGGGACCGGGGUCAACGGAACACUUCCCCUAACCCACAUUUAACAGACUCACUGGGGUUUUAGGGCAAGUGGAAAGGAAAGAGUGAAGAAAACACUGCCCCCGAGAUACAUUCAAGAGACUUCGUGUUUUAGGGGUAGUAGAGUUGAGAUGCUGAAUGGAGCAUUACCCUAAACCCACAUAAAAAAAGACUCGUGGUUUAGGGGUUUGGAAAGGAAAGGGUGGGGGGGUUAAAAAAAGGACUAAGUACUUCGGAUACUUGAACAUUUAUAAACUGAAAAACAGAAAAAAAUGCAGUUCAUUUUUUUUAAAGAAUGAAACUAUUUUAAUCUCAACAAGUUGUCCGUUUAAAGGUUUAUGACAUGUCAUGAACUGGGUUCUGGAUGUUGCUCGCAGUUUAGACCUGCAUUGCAAAGAGCUUUUCUUUUAUAUAUAUAUAUAUAUAUAUAUAUAUAUAUAUAUAUAUAUAUAUAUAUAUAUAUAUAUAUAUAUAUAUAAGCUAACGCAAUCAAAAUGCGUGCAGGAAAAAUAAAAUCGGGCUUUUUACUUAAGAAGCCGUCAGAUAAUCUCUAAAUGAAAAAAAAAAAUAAAAUAAAAUGAAAUAAUAGGCACGUGGCUUCCUGAUGAAGCUGUUGUAAUUUCAGAAAACAAAACACUGGAGGAAGAGUAUGUUUGCUCAUUUUAAUGUUUACACUUAAUUUUUGUAGAAUGUCAGUUUUGUUGGCUGUGUCCAAACCUGUGUAGUCUUCUUUCUGUUUUUUUUUUAUGUAUUAGUUUUGACAUUGCAAUGAAAUAAAUGUGCUGGUCGCGAGCGCAAAGUUUGUUUUAUUUAUAGUAUUUUUUUAAGUUUGUGAACCAUAGCUUUUAUGUCUCGUUGUUCACUUUUUGUUUCAGUUUGUUUGUGUGAAGCUUUUUUCCCCUGUGAUGUUUUUACAGUAUCAGUUGAUCCCAAGUUUUUGUGGGACUGAGAGUUUUAUUUAAAACAGGCGUUUCUGCUUAUUUUAAAACCAUCUUUAUUCUCAAAUGCCGAAUAAAUUUGUACAAAAGAA